GUGCGUGUGUUUACAUUUUUCUGCCGCAACAAAAAUAGCAUUUUUUAUCUAUAUAAUUAUUACUUUUCAGCUUAGUGCAGUUUAUUUUUUUUUAUCUUUACGAGUGCAGAUGCAAAUUCUGUUCAAUUUAGUACCGAAAUUGCUUUAUAUGCAAACUCGUUUGUAAAGAUCUGAAAAGCAACAAUACAGUGCAUGUGGUUUUCGACUAUCAUCUAUUUGGAACAACUAAGAAUACGGAUUUCUUUCGGAACACGACCAAAGACGUGAAGAAAGUUUCUUAACUAUUGAAGUCGAGUUUAUAAAUGCGUCACCAGUAGCAACUUCCACACCAAAAAGUGACUACAAUGACCGACAACAAUAACUUUCACCUCCCGCAGCACGUCAUCAAGCACGAGACCAUCCAGUCGACGUCGUCGUCGCCGCCGCAGCAUCAGUUCCAGGUGUACUACCAUCAUCAACCGAUAGCGUCUGGUGUCGCAGCAGUAUCGUCUGGCCUUUCGAAGCCAACCUCACUGAAGGUAAUCGAAACUGCUUCCGUUGAUCCCAGCACUACUGUUGCCGGUGGAUUGGAUUACAGUACGCAUCAUCUUCACACGCAGCAAAUUAUCGAAUACGAUCCUGUGAGCGAUUCGAACCCUUCGGUCAAUGUGGUGAUCGAACAUCAACAGUUCGGGGAAAAUCAGCCCACUAUCGAGCAACAGGAGAGGAGUGUGAUUGAGGCACUCUGUCAGCAAGCCCAUCAAAACCGAAUUCAGCAUGAACAGCAUGUGUCCAAAGGCAAACGCCCACGGUUGGACCAUCAGCAACACGAAAACGGUUCCGACCAUCUAAGCGAUGAAGAAACUGAUGACGAGCGUAGGAGAAAACCGAAUCAUGGUUCUUCAACUCAUGGUGAAUCGAUCGAAGAACAAGAGCAGAGUAUUAUCGAAGCGCUCUAUCAGCAGCAGCAACAGAAUCAGUUGCGGAAGCAGCUUACCCACCAGCAGCCUGUGUCCUUCCACCGGCAUUCUUCUACACCGCCUUCACGUUCGAUUUCCCCCUCCCAAUCGCCGACCGUGUCGGGAACCACCGACACGCUCGGUUCUCGCAUCUCAUCUCAGGGUCAGUCAACCUCUGGAUCAGGUCAGCCGCAAUCUGCCACGCACAUCGCCCAAGCCAUCUCAUUGGCAAACAUAAACCAGAGUAAUUUUAUUGCGCGGCUCAUCAGCAAGGAUAAUAUUUUGCUUAUUUCGGAGGAUCUUAUUGAAAUCGGUCGGAAUUCAUCGCGAGCGCAAGUUGAUUUCCACGUCGGUAGAAACAGUUUCGUUUCUAGAAAACAUCUACUGUUGCAUCACGAUCAUACCGAUGGGGAGUUUUAUUUAUCCUGUUUAAGCAAAAACGGCGUCUUCAUCGAUAACGUGUUCCAUCGGAAAGGUGCCGAACCGUAUCAGCUACCAAAAGUUUGUAGCAUACGCUUUCCCAGUACAAACAUCAAAAUACAGUUCGAAAGCUUAUACCAUAAAAGCUCUUCGGAGGCGCGUGACCUGUUGGACGCAUCUGGGGCACUUUACACUACCAGCAGCGCCAGUGUUCAAUCUCUUGGUAAUGGUCCGGGUUCUGCUCAGUCAACUUCGAACACUAGCGGAGGUGGUGGUGGUGCCUCAGGCAACAUGUAUGCUCCGCUUAAAAUCUCCAUCCCGGCCGAGCCCCCAAGUUCAUCAUCGAUGGAACACAUGGAUCUUAGUAGUCGAAGCCGAGAUAACGGAAAAAGUCCGUACCCGUCGCCAACGGGAACGAUUAGUGCGGCCAACAGUUGUCCAACCAGUCCCCGCCAAGGUUACCAUGACUUUUCAGUUUAUGGAGUGAAUCAUGGUAGUGGAAUCGGCAUAGGGCCGGAUGGGGGUGGAGAAUUGGGCAGCGGUAUACCAUCCAGUGGUGGAGCUGUACAUAGCUUUAACGAUUUCCAGCCGCCAGCCACGUCGCAAUCGCUGGAGAACGAGAAACCACCGUACAGCUACGCCCAACUGAUUGUGCAAUCGAUUUCAGCUUCGCCGGAGAAACAGCUUACGUUAUCCGGCAUAUACUCGUUUAUCUCAAAGAACUACCCGUACUACAGAAAUGGAGCGAACAAGGGCUGGCAAAACUCGAUCCGACACAAUUUGAGUUUGAAUAGGUACUUCAUCAAAGUUCCCCGGUUGCAGGAUGAACCGGGAAAAGGUAGCUUCUGGCGCAUUGAUCCCAACAGCGAACUAAAGCUGGUAGAUCAAAGCUACCGCAAGAGACGGCAACGAGGUAGCCAGUGCUUCCGAACGCCGUACGGGAUGCCGAAGUCUGCUCCGGUUUCGCCUACUCCGAUGGAUCCUGAAAGCCGCGAAGGUUCACCAUUGAACGACCUCAUGAUGCAAUCGGCACCGGGAUCACCCGGCCAGGUAGCCGCGAAUACCUACGUGCACAGCAGCACCCACGGCGGUAUGACUGUCCAUGCCGGACAGGAGGAUACUGCUUUGAAUCAAACACCACCAGCACCAAACUACAAACGAACAAACAAUUCUCAAACUAGUAAGAAAAUCACCAAGCAUCCGGCAAAUGCUAAAGCACAGUCUUUAAUAACAACCCUAUCAUCGUCAUCAUCAUCAUUGGAAACGGAAGAACAAAAUCCUCUGUAGAUAGGUCACAGUCCCACUCUUUGGCAUUUUCCUGAGAUUUUUCACAAUUCUUCGUUAAGUCAUACAAAGCUAAUUGUAUGCUAUAUUUAUGUACUGUAGAGAGGUAAGAAAAGACGAAUACGAACAAACCAUCAUUGUGUUCGUAUUUGAAAUUGUUAGUACGCAUCAUCGUACCCAGGAUGGAAAAAUACAAUGCAAAACAAAACUGUUUAAAAA